AUGUCGACUCGCCAAGCGGCCUUGUCGCUCUAUCGACGUUCCCUAAAGCUCGCUCUCGAUUGGGCAGUCCACCGUCAUCUCUGGAGGGGCCAGGCCCUGUACAUCAGAUCUCUCUUCGAAGCAAACCGCGGCGUGACGGAUUCGCGGCAGAAAAGGGAGCUUCUGUCCGAGACGGAAAAGCUACUGGCGAGAUGGAAGCACCCAGAGCCGUACGUGCAUCCCACGGCACCCGGCGGUUCGUCAUCCCUCGACUACACGAUUGUUCGUUGA